AUGAAGAAAGUUACAAGCUCAGUCACAUUUGUAAGCACGAUGUUGCUCGAGAGUGUGGUCAUGUUUUCAACCUGUCCCGCGCUCGAGAAUCCGGAGAAUGGUUUGGUGGACGUCAAUGGAAACUUCGCUUCUUACACGUGCGAUACCGGAUACAGAAUCAACACCACCGUCAACUUCCGCCAGUGCGAUACCGGCGCCGAUUGCGGAACACCGACUGAGCCAACAGGAGGCUAUGCUAAUUACACAGAUACAACAUAUGACGCGACAUUGACGUACGGAUGUGAUACCGGAUACAACUUUACGUCGGGAGACAGUAGUUCCACGUGUACAGUCGCGCAGACGUGGAGCGGAACGGUCCCCACGUGCACAAUUAUCGACUGCGGCAGCUUGGAAAGUCCAGAUAACGGUAGUGUGGCUCUAACAACAACAACGUUCAACUCGACCGCGAGUUAUACGUGCAACACAGGGUACGCUCCGGAUGGUGUAUUCGAGGUCACAUGCCAGACUAAUGGAAGCUGGAGCGGUGACCAGCCUACUUGUACUAUUAAAGAUUGUGGCAGUUUAUCGGACCCAACGAAUGGAACAGUCACAUACACUUCAACGACGUACAAUUCUGUUGCGUCAUUUCAAUGUGAGACAGGGUUUGAAUUACAAGGAAGCGCCACGAUUUCUUGUCAGUCUAAUAACACAUGGGAAACGCAGCCAGUGUGUGUCAUCAAAGAUUGCGGGAGUCCCAGUCAGCCAACCAAUGGAAAUGCAACAUCGUCAUCAACUUUAUUUGGAUCAGUAGUGACUUACACAUGUAAUGAAGGCUAUACGCAGGCUGGAGCCACCUCUGCCACAUGUCAGGAAGAUGAAAAUUGGAGUGCAGGCCCGCCUACAUGUACAAUUGUUGAUUGCUUGGCCCUGGAAGCCCCCGACAAUGGACAGGUGAACUUUGACCCUGGCACCACGUAUCUGAAGUUUGCCACGUACAACUGUGAGACUGGCUACUCGCGUAAUGGGGUCAAUUUGGGCAAGCGAGCAAAUGACCAAAAAGCUCUUGGGCGCUUCAUGGAAUUUGCUUACAUGCUCUACUGGCUUCAUGCAGCAUAA